UUACUACUCCAAUAUUAUCGGGUCAAACAAUGAAUUCACACAUGACUUAUUCCAAAUCUCUGAAUAACUCAGAUUAUGGUUUUGAGGAAUCAGUCAUAGAUCUGUCUACAUUGAUUCUUGGUUAAUCCCAUAUCAAUUAAGAUUAGAUUCUCGUAUGAGAAUCAUUUUCGUACGGGAUUGAUUCACAGAGAUGAAUUUACACUCAAAUCUUCAGGUACUUCAAGAGCCGCUUAAAGGGUUACUUUUCAGGAAAACUAAAAAAUGGUUUUAAAAAGUUGGAAAAUAAAAACCCGAUUCCAAACCAGUACAUGCCGAUCUGGAUUUUGGAUUGGCAUCGAAUCGAAAUAGAUACCCGAUACCAAUUACCCAGACAAGAUAUUUUUUAUGCUUAAUUUUGGUAACGAAAGAUAUUUUAUUACGAGGAAACGAAAAAACCGGUUUGCGGAAAAGGGGGAGUUGUAAGUAUAGGAAGUGGGAAACAGGGGCUCCAAGGAAUUAGUGAGAAAUUUGGGGUUUUUUCUCACUACUUUUCUUGUAUUUCGUUCCUGCUUGGCGGGUGUUUUGCUGCUUUGCCUGCCUUGUUGAGUUCUGCAACUCUCUCGCCCAUUGUCUCCUUUUCUUCUUCUUCCUGUUUCUCGUUGAAACCGAACAAGGGCUCAUAACAGUUUUAUGAAUACUACAUCCCAGCCGUUCACAGGCUUGAACAUGCAUCAUCAACAGCAGAAGCAGGACCCACCAGACAUUUUCUGGACUGCUUGCCCAUUUUGUGGUCUUAGGAACCAGUAUUACAGAUUUUUGUUGACCAGAUCUCUGUGUUGUCUAGGUUGCAAGAGGCCUUUCAUGGCCUUUGAUAUGAAUGCUCGGGGUCCGUCUACAGGAGUCAAAGGUAAUAAAUCUGCAUUUUCUCAACAACAAGGGGUACCUGGUCAGGGUGCUAAAAUCCGUUCACAAAGUACUGUUGGGAACCCCCCAUCUGAUGUAGGGUCUAAGGGAACUUUUGGCACUGGGACUGCAGAACCACAGACUUUCCCAAAGAUGGGAAGUACUUAUGAUGGCAGGUAUUCUAAAUGGACUGGAGAGGAAGAUGGAAAUUCUGCUUCCCAGCCGUUCACAAGCUUGAACAUGCAUCAUCAACAGCAGAAGCAAGACCCACCAGACAUUUUCUGGACUGCUUGCCCAUUUUGUGGUCUUAGGUACCAGUAUUACAGAUUUGUGUUGAACAGAUCUCUGUGUUGUCCAGAUUGCAAGAGGCCUUUCGUGGCCUUUGAUAUGAAUGCUCAGGGUCAGUCUGCGGGAGUCAACGGUAAUCAAUCUGCAUUUUCUCACCACCUGGUCAGGGUGCUAAAGUUCGUUCACAAAGUACUGUUGGGAACCCCCCAUCUGAUGUAGGGUCUAAGGGAACUUUUGGCACUGGGACUGCAGAACCACAGACUUUCCCAAAGAUGGGAAGUACUGAUGAUGUUGGUAGGAAUUCUAAAUGCUCAGGAAAGGAAGAUGGAAAUGUGGAUAUGGGAGUUGGGGAAGAAAGCAAGAGAAGGCCCAAGAACCAGGAGAAGCCUGAGGAAUCAGAACCUUCGGGGAACACAAGUAAGAAGAGGACAACACAGUUCCCCAUUGAGUUGCUAGUUCUAUUUCAUGUUGAGUUGUUAUUUUGUCAUUUAAAUUUUGGUUCAAUUAGUGGUUGGGAUUUUUUUUUUUCUUUCUAUUUCGUGCUCUGUUUCUUGUCAAUUCCAGGUACUGGUCUUCUCUUCAGUUAUUACUUUAUUGGUCUGAGUUUUAAUCUCUGGCUUAGAUCUAUGUAAUUAUUCAUAUUCUUGGACUA